AUGACCACUCAAAGCGCCAUCAUCGUUCAAGGAACUGGCCGCGCGGCGCUGGUAGAAGAUAUCCCGCUACCUGAAUUGCCGGAUAAUUAUAUUCUCGUCAAAACAAAAGCUGUCGCAUUGAAUCCAACGGACUGGCGUCAUAUUGAUUUUGUGCCCUGUACCGGGGCUACCGUCGGCUGUGACUAUUCUGGAAUAGUAGAAGCUGUAGGCCCAGGCGUGAAGAAAGCUUUCAAAAAAGGCGAUCGGGUUGCUGGGUUUGUACACGGUAGCAAUGCCGUUCGCCACAAUGGCGGCGCACUUGCUCAGUAUGUAAUUGCGAAGGGCGACCUCCAAAUUUUGAUCCCUAACUCCAUGAGCUUUGAGGCAGCAGCCACUUUUGGUGUUGGUUUGACAACUGUUGGUCAAAAUCUCUACCAGAGCAUGGACUUGCCUUUCCCCGGCGACCAGGAGAGCGAAUCAGACGACACAAAUAUCCUCAUCUAUGGAGGGGCGACGGCUACUGGUACCCUGGCAAUUCAAUUGGCAAAAUUAUCAGGGCUGCGAGUGGUGACUACAUGCUCUGAAGCCAACCGCAGCUUCAUGUUUGAGCUCGGGGCAGACUCAGUUUUUGAUUACCGCGAUCCACUAGUAGGCGAGCACAUACGAGAGGACACUGACGAUGCUCUGGAACUUGUCCUUGAUAAAAUCUCCACGCCCCAAUCGGCUGCCAUCUGCAGUGCUGCUAUCUCAUCAGCGGGAGGUUCCUACAAUGCCCUAUUGGAUGUUCCCUCCGCCAGAGAUGAUGUUGAUUCACAUGUCUCAAUGGCGUAUGACGUGCUGGGAGAGCCGUAUCGCAUGGGAGCAAGUGAGAUGUCUCCCGAUAGCACUAACUUUGAGUUCGGCGUUAAAUGGUGGGGAAAAGCGCAGAAACUACUUGAGGAGCGCCGUAUUCACCCUCAUCCAUUUCAGGUGAAGCCAGGUGGCUUGGCUGGAGCGUUGGCCGGCCUCCAGAUAUUACGGGAAGGUAAAGUCCGAGCCUCAAAGCUAGUCUAUCGGGUCGAAGAAUCGGAGUGA